AGAUGACAUUAGUAGCUAGUUCCGAAAACACAGGGCUCUGUCCAAUGACAUUUGAUGAUAGUUCUGGGCAAACCAGUCAUAUGUUGUUCCAACGAUUACAAUAUCAACGAAAAACCGGCCGAUUUUGUGAUGUGGAAAUUGUUGUUCAAAACAAAUCAUUUGCGGCUCAUCGAAACAUUUUAGCAGCUCACAGUCCAUAUUUUGACGCAAUUUUCAAAUAUUGCAAAAUCACAAAGGAACAGCUCACAAUAAAUAGCAAAUCUCCACAAGUUUUCGAGUUAUUCCUCAAUUAUAUGUACAGUGGAACAGUGAUUAUCGAUCGAUCAAGUGUUUCGGAGCUAUUGAGAUUUGCAAAUAAUUUUCUGAUAGUGAAGCUAAAAGUGUAUUGUGCAGCUUAUUUGGAUCGAUAUCUAGACGCGGCCAAUUGCUUAUCAAUACGAACGUUAGCUCAGAGAUAUAAUCUACCAGGACUUGUGAAAUCUGCUACAGACUACUUUGACAGCAAUCUUAAUCGAUGUUUACUGGAAUCCAGAGAUAUAAUUGGUUACACGUAUACACAACUGACAAGACUCAUUGGAGAUCCGAAAUACGUGGAUUGUAUUACUUCUGACACUUAUUUAAAAUUAAUAGUCCGCUGGGUCGGUGAAGAAGUAUCGAAGCGAGAGGAAAUCUUCCGAUUACUACUAGAAUCCUGCGAAUUUCGAGAAGUUUCAGCUGACACACUGGAAUUUCUUCUGGAUUACUCGCCGUUGCUAUCGAAAAGUCAGAAAAGUCGAUUUUUGCUACUACAUGUCAUGGAAACAAAUAACAUGCUUAUGGAAAAGUACUCGACUCAACUGAGCAGUCUUCGUCAGAAAAUCGUUGAUCUUCCGAUUCUCCACGAUCCAUCUCAAUUUGAAGAUGAUAUUUAUGAUUCAAGUGAUUCUGAAGAGGAUCCAGAUGAUUAUAUAGCUGAUGGACAUCCAACAUCUGCACAAGUUGUUGAAUACGGAAAUGAUGUUAAUAAUCGACUGAAAAUGAAGAUUGCAUUCCAGCCGGGAAAUGAGAAGAAGCGAUUAAAACGACCAAAAGGAAUGAAAAAACAUCAUUUGCACCCAAUUCCACCGAUUAAUGCGACGGAAAAUGAAAGUAUUCCAUGGAUCGACGAAGACGAAAUUGAUGGUGUAUAUGCUACAUGUUCAUUGGAAGGAUGUCAUACCUAUGGACCAGUUGACAAUUUGGAUCCAGAUGAUUGUGAAGAUGAAGAAGAUCAACCUGAUGAGAAUGGACCGUCCACUUGUAUUUUCUGUGGACUGCGGACUGCAAAUGAGGAGCUUCUCGAAAAGCACAAAGCUCGUCAUCACAAUCGCAAUACGUAUUAUAUGUGUCAUUUAUGUGAAUUUGAAACCAAUUGGAGCAAACAAUUCUAUCUUCAUUGUGCUGAGCACUGGACAGAGAUACCGUAUCGAUGUGAAACGUGUCCGUUCACUUCAAAUGAGAUACAAGAGUUUUUGACCCAUAGGCUUCAGCAUACCGACGAGCGUUUCUUCAAAUGCGGUGAAUGUGCAUGGAAAGGUCGAACUCGUUCUCAACUGUUUGCUCACGAACGAAUGCAUUCUGUACUCGAUGAUCGAUCAUUACACUGUGAAGAGUGUGGAAGAGGAUUCCAACAGCAUAGUACAUUGGAUCAUCAUGUUGCUAGUCAUAAUGAUCCUAGGCCUUAUAUCUGUGAGGAUUGCGGUUUCGCCACCAAAACCGCCGAUCAUCUUUCCCUUCAUCGUCGUCAACAUACUGGAGACAAUUUUAGCUGUCACAUUGCCGGUUGCGACUACUCGUCGACCAAAAAAAGCCAACUGGCGGCCCAUCUCCGUACCCACAUGGCGGUUCGCGCCCAUCUCUGCAAGAUCUGUGGCCGUGGAUUCAUCGAAAAAUCACAUCUGGUCCGUCACGAGAGGAUUCAUUUGGAGGAGAAGCCGUUCAAGUGUGAUCAGUGUGAAUAUGCAUCUAGUCGGCGUGAUAAGCUUAAGGAGCACAUCAUCAAGCAUCACAAUUCGGAAGUGCUCACAUUCCAAAAGACUCAACGAAGAAAGUAUAAGAGACAGAGAAUGUUGGCUGCCGCGAGCAAUAUUGUGAAUAAUCCGGAUGCUCUGUUCCGUCCAAUUACUUCUGAUGAUGCUGUUAGCAAUUGGCAGGCUACUAAUGACUUUUCGACGUACUCUCCGAAUCCCAACGAUUACGGUGGACCAUCAACUUACGGCAACCCUUCAUCUCCUCAGCGUGCCUUCUCAGUCGUUCAUCCAUCUCAACAUCAACAUCAUGCCCAAUCACCUGGCUGUAUGUCUAUGAUGAAUGUUCCAUUACGGGACAAUCAUCAUCAGAUGCAGCGACAGGAUUCACCGGGAGAUUCUGUUGGAGGUGGUCAAGGAGGUGGUGGUGGUGGUGGACCUGAAGGAUCAGACAAUACACAUGGAGUUUUGAUGACACCUAACUUGGUGAUGAGAUCUCCACAUAACCGGAGUGCUGUCCAACCGCAAUUCAACAAUCUCUCCACAAACUCUGAUCCACAACAACAGCAGCAACAACAGCAACUCCGUCCAUUCUCACUUCCAACCUACGGACAAAUGGAUUUGGCUCAGGCGGCUCAACUCCAGCAACUUCAACAACAACUACAAGCAGCCGGGCUUCCACCGACUGGAACCCCGAAUAAUCAAGAUAAUUCCAAUAAUGCAUGGAAUCCGUGGAAUGUACAAUAAUAAAUAUAGUCCUGAAACUGCCUAAAACCUCACUUUUGAAAAAACCCCUUUACUAUCUUUGCCUUUUCUUGUAACAUGUUUCAAAUUGUUCUUAAUGCCUUCAUUUUGAUAUGUGUAUGAUCUCCUUGUUUAAUGCCUAAUUAGUCCUAAAUGGUUUUUAUGGUUAUAAAUAAAUUUAUGAAAUUAUAGAUGACAUUU